CGUGACCUAGCUGUCAAAUAUGGCCCCCUCCUUCUGGGUGUAAGAGACGGGACAUCUGACAAAGGAAACAAAUCUGUCAAAAAGGACGCCACCGAUUCGUAUCACAGCACACCUCCGUCCAGCUAACGCUGCACUCAUGUGACCUCCUCAGCGAGCGAUAAAAGUCUGCCAAACGAUGAAGUGUGCCAGAGAGAGGAACUGACAGAAGAGGGCCUUCGUUGUUGCAGACCAUCUGUUCAGAUCAACCCUCCUCACUCCCAGCGAGCCUCCACCCCGCAGUCAUGCAGAUCAAUCCAGUGCUCGUGGAGUCCUCUGUAGUUUUGGCCGUGCUGCUGUGUGUCCACAUGGUGGUGUGGAACCAGCACUCCUGGUGCAGCAUAGCCCUGUUCAUCCAGGCUUUCUACGUACAGUACAAAUGGGACCGUCUGCUCAGGUCGGGGGGAGCCGUCUUCCAGUUCCGUCCCGCAGCAAACAGCGGCAUCGUCCCGGCCUCCAUGGUGAUGCCCUUGCUGGGCCUGGUCCUGAGAGAAAAGUGCUCAGCCUCAGGGAAUGUCUACUUUGAGCGCUUCUCCAUGGUGAUCACCAUCACAGGAAUGAUGCUGGCUCUGUUUCUCUCCCUCAUUGCACUGGGCAUCACAAGACCCGUACCCACCAACACCUGUGUAAUCGCAGGCAUGGCUGGCAGCGCCAUUCUCUACACGACGAAACAGACGCUGACGGUGUCUGAGGUCAUCGAGGUCUUAGAAGUGCUGCUGAUCUUCGUUUAUCUCAGCCUGAUUGUGCUCUACCUGCUGCCUCGCUGCUUCACGCCCGGGGAGGCACUCCUCAUCGUCGGUGGAAUCAGUUUCAUCGUCAACCAGCUCAUCAAGCGCUCUCUGAAUCUGGCAGAAGUCAAAGGCGAUCCAGUGAACUAUUUCCUGCCAGUCUUAGUGGUGGGCUCGCUGUUGCUGGGUGUUUUCUUUGCCCUGCUCUUCUGCUUCAUGGAGUCCGAGACCUGGGUGUCUUCGCUUUUCUUUCACAUGAUGACAGCCGUUCUGGGCCUGGGAAUCCUCAUGCCGUGGCUGUCCCUGUUCAUCGGCCGGCACCCCAUCAUGUGGCUGCUGGACUUUGUGACGUUGAACGACAGAAGACUCUGUCUGCUGGGGUACUGGGUGUUUCUGGCUGUUGUGGCCACUUGUGUUGUGCUACACCAGAACUACCAGCGCCAGUCUGGGUCCAAGAAGCACCAGGCCUCAACUGUUGUCAGGAAGUAUUUCCAUGUGAUUGUAGUGGCUACAUACGUUCCAGGGUUGAUAUAUGACCGGCAGCUGCUUCAUGUAGCCUCCGUGGGUUGCUUGGCGGUUUUCUUAUUCCUGGAGUACGUGCGCUACUUUCGGAUCAGGCCGCUGGGUCAGCUGCUCAGGCAGGUGCUCACCUUGUUCCUGGAUGAGAGGGACUCUGGGCCUCUCAUCCUGACCCACAUUUACCUGUUGCUGGGCAUGUCUCUGCCCAUAUGGCUGUUCCCCGGGCCCUGCGCCCCCAAGGGGAUACUCCCCGGCGCGGGCGGCCUGGUGCCAUAUGCAGGCGUGCUGGCCGUGGGGGUCGGAGACACUGUGGCUUCUGUGUUCGGCAGCACCAUGGGGGAGAUCCGUUGGCCCGGCACUAAGAAAACCAUGGAGGGGACAGCAACAUCUGUGUUCGCCCAGAUCAUCGCCGUGGCCAUGUUUCUCAUCUUCGAUGGCGGCAUCAAUCUGAAUUCCACCUACUCAUGGAUUGUUGGCUCCAUCACUCUGGUGGCCAUGCUGGAAGCCUACACCUCCCAAAUAGACAACCUCCUGCUCCCACUCUACCUCUUCAUCCUGCUGUUGCUUUGACUGGACAGAAGGCACAAAGAAAAACAGAUAACUCCUACAGUCCUCAG